UACUUUCUGGCCUAGCAAUUGAUUACAUUUUUAUUACUGAGCUCGGUCUCUGAAAAAUAUAUUUUUCGACAUUAAGCAAUGGAGGCCCUGGUGAAUUAUAGUAGCGAGGACGAACAGGAGGAUGCUGGCUACCAGAUACGGGCACCACAACAAAAAAAACUGCAACAGCCGUAUGUUAAAGCAACAACAAAUAGUAACUUCCUAAAGCAGAGGAAUAACCACAACAAUAACAAUGGAAGCAGCGACGGCGACGUUGACGCCUGCAGAGGCAGAGAUAGCAGCAACAACAGUCCAAGGGAAAAGGAAAGAGACAGAGUGAGGGAAAAGACGAAGAGACGCAAUCACACUCCUCCGCUGCCGACGUCGCAGCAGCAGCAGAAUCACAGGAGCAGUAGUAGCAGAGGCCGUUUUGAUGAGGAACCGCAGCCCAGUAGCCGUCACCGCCAGGAGCGGGAUAAGGACAGGGAACGGGACCGGGACCGAGAGCGAGAGCGCGAACGGGACAGGGACAAGGAUCGUGAGAAACGCGACCCAGAACGCAGUCGUGAAAAGGGACGCGACAAAGAUCAUAGCAAGGGCGAUCAUCGCCAUCAUCGUACCAAAGACGGCACAAGCCACAGGGAACGGGAAAGGGAGCGGGAACGUGAUCGGGAAAGGGAGCGCGAUCGCGAAAAGGACCGAGACCGCAAGCGUUCGGAGAAGAGCGCUCGCCACCAUGGUGGCAAAGAGCGUCACCAUCAUCACAACUCCUCGACCUCAUCAUCAGCCGCCACUGCAGCUGCCAAUGCAGCAGGGCGUCGCUCCUAUGAUGAUCGCAGUCGUCGUCGCAAGGACUCCCGGUCACGAUCCCGCACGCCGACGGGAACUCCACCCUCUCGUCGUCGCCAGCAGUCACGUAAAUAUCGUGAACGGGAAUCCAGUAGUCGCUCCAGAUCUCCUAAAGAAGCGCAAUCCCAGACACUACGCAGUGGAGCAGUAGCUGGCGCUCACCUGCCUCUCGGGAAAUCUGGUGGAGGAGGAUCCUCGGCAGUAAUAACAGCGGCAGCUGCAGCGGCCGCUUUGGCAGCCGCCAAUGCAGCAGCAGCCGCUAUGGCAGCAGCCUCUUCCGGCGGAGGAGGUGGCGGUGGCCUUCUACCGACGCCCAAUUACGCACCUAAGAUACCAUCGCUAAUGUCCCUGGAGUUGAGUACUCCAGCAGUAGCAGCACCUGCACUAGAGCCCAUCCAGCUGCCCAGCUACUAUAAUCCGGGCAUCAUCAAUGCCAACCGUUAUGCGGAGCAACAACAGAAGCGUAAACUAUUGUGGGGCUCUAAGAAGAGCGAGGACUCUGCGAACAAGUGGGGCAACGCCCACUUCUCACAGGACUCGGACGGUAAAGUGGCAUCGAAGUUUAUGCGUCUGAUGGGCAUAAAAAAUGCAGGUCCCUCCGGCGAUGGCGAAGCCGGUGGCGGCGGUGACCACAUAGAGCCUAGCAACGGUAGUGCAGCAGUCGACGCAAGUGGUGGAGGAGCUGCACCACCAGCAGCCUCGGGCGGAGUGAAAGUGCCCACAGACGUCCAGCAGCGCCAACGCAUGUUUUCCAACAUGGAGCAGCAGUAUGAAAUGGCGAGAGCCGCCACUCACACGAUGCGCGGCGUUGGUCUAGGUUUCGGCUCUCAGCCACGUACUUUCUAGACGUGCCCGGAUUGAAGGACAGGCUCCCUACCAGGCUGUAAAUACCAUGCCACUCAACUCAACUCAUUAGUCAUGUCAAGAUGUUUCUCCUCAACCACUUUGUUUGUGUUAAGCAAAUGUUUUUUGAUUUCAAAUAAACGUUGCAACCGAA